UUCCCAGCCAACCAGCUCAACAACCGGUAUUUCCUGGUACGGGCAGGGGAGAGCUACAAUGAGAGUGCAGAUGACCCGCUGACUAACCCCGUGUGGAAGACCUCGGAGAAGCAUGGCCUAUCAGAGCUGGGGAAGCAGCAGGUGCUUCUGGGUUUGGUUCCGGAGCUGGAACGACAGGGGUCGUGUGGAGACGGAUGCUGGAUAUGGCCCUCCAUCACGCAAAACGCCUACCAGACGGCGGAGUUGCUGUCGUACAAGCUCGGCAUUGGCCGCAGCCGGAUCGUACCGGAGUACUCGUUUCUUGACGCGCGCGGCCUGGGUGCGCUGGAGGCGCUGCGGCUUUCCGAGGCCCAGGCGGCAGUGGCAGCUGGGGACGUGCUGGAUGCGGAGUGGCGGCCUCCGAAAGGCACGGACGGCACCCCGCAAGAAAGUUCCCAGGAUGUGAUGGUCCGCAUGCGCCAGCUGCUGUCCAUCACUGAGACGCAGUACUUCGGGGAGGAUGUGGUGCUGGUGGCCCCGGACUCGGACUGCCUGUCGGUUCUUCAGGCGGCGGUGCUGGGCUUGGAUCUCAGG